AUGAAAGACGGGCCCGAAAUUACGGUCAUAUCUGUUUGCGUUGGAGAAGAGCACUGGACCGGCUAUCUUGAGCUCUAUUAUCAGAAAGAGGUUGCUGAUUUGGCAAGGCUAAAUCAUGAAAAUACAAGGAAAUUGCUUGGGUAUUGUAUAGAUAGUAGCCUGUUUACACGAAUGUUAGUUUUUGAAUAUGUGUCGAACGGAACAUUGUAUGAGCAUCUCCAUUGCGUAGCUAAAAGUCUGAGGUAUCUUCACACGGAAAUCGAGCCACCAUUUACUAUAUCCGAGCUAAACUCAAGUGCAGUGUAUCUUACUGAAGAUUUUUCACCAAGUGUAUACUUUAGUGACACAAUUGUUUGA